UUCCGAUCCCACCUCUGACAUGCCCUUCCCACGUGAUCCCCGGGAUGGUCCUGACCCUCCACUUCAGAGUCCUUCCACCUGUGCCAAGUCUGAGCUCCGUCUCUUGUAGCCUCCGCUCUCCCCCAGGAGGUGGGAGCCCUGAGGAGGAGGGGAUGGCCUCUGCGUCCCUGGCGGCCAGGCCCUGCGCGGACUCAGUGACAUUCCAGGAUGUAGCUGUCGAAUUCACCAGGGAGGAGUGGAGGCAUUUGAACCCAUCUCAGAAAAAGUUGUACAGGGAUGUGAUGCUGGAGACCUAUAGGAAUUUGGUCUCUUUGGGAUUUGCAGUUUUCAAACCAGAUGUGAUCUGCCGAUUAGAAAGGAAGGAAGCAUCUUGGAUGCCAAAGGCAGAUGUUCCAAGAAGGAGCUCUCUGGGUGAGUAUCUAAACCCCAAGCAGAGGAGUCAUUGCAAAAUGUAG